AUCUUGGAUUUAAAAAAAACUGCGUUUACUGCACACGACGUUAUGCGACAGAAUUGCCAUCUAAAGUUCUAAUAUUUAACUACUAAACGAAUACAUCAACCAAUUAUCAAAAAUACAUAGGUAUUAAAAAAAACAAAAUUCAAACUUGCUAAAUUAUCAAAUUCAUUUGAUUCCCGCUAGUAACUUAAAGUUCGUGUAUGUGUUUGAGCGGUGUCAGUGUAGCGGUGCGAUUCGAUACCUCUCUGUUUUGAGAACGCGUCCUUAAUGUACAAUUGUUCAGGUUAGUUUCUGUCAGUGUUGACAAAUGCUAAAGAAUAUGACUCUAUCGGAUUUGACUUAUAGCAUUAUAUUAUGGCUAUUCCAAAAUGACUAAUGAAAGACACGUAUUUAAGAUAUUUCUUAAAUUUAGUAAUUAUACUAAUGAAAUUAGUACAUAACGGACUAUACUGAAAUAAUACUAAUGACUUAAACUAAUCUAUUUACUUAUGUAAAAUAAUACUAAUGACUUAAAACUAAUCUAUUUCACCUAUGUAAUAUAAAACUGAUGACUAGGCAGCAUGGUCUCUGAUCUUAGCCUGUUCUUUGUGGAACGAAUAAAAAAAAAAUUGUCAAAUGUCAGUUUUCAAUCCUUGCUCCAACAAUUACAAUCAAUUACAAAAAUAGAAUAGCCAAAGAUGAAAGUUAUUUUUAUUUCAUAUUAUUUUAUUCCUAUAUGAGUGUUUUUAAUAUAAUGAAGUAGAGCAAUAUUAUGAAAAAGAAACCUAUUAUGUGGAAAAUACAGCUUAAUUACUAAAUUGUGGCUCCAAAAUUAUGAUUUUACUUAAGCCUAAAUUAAAAUUGUCUCGAAUAGCACGCAAGGACUACCUCAGUGUGAUCGGUUGUAAUAAAGGAUGGUGCACCUUGAAAUGUCAGAGAUGCAACUAUAUCCUCACUCCUUCACGAUAAAUGAUCUGCCAAAUGAGUUACUCAUUUAUAUAUUUUCUAUGAUAGAUUUUGAAUCAAUAUUAGCUGUAGUUAAAGUUUGUGUGAGAUGGCAGCAACUCUGUAUGGCACCAUGCAUUUGGGAUAACACUAGACUCAUAGUAUGUAUGAAAAAUUAUGUUAGAAUCAGUGAUAACAUUGUUCCAUUUGUGGCAAAAUAUUUAAAAAAUGUUAAACUACAGUAUUUUAAGCUUUACUCCCAAGUAAGAGCUUCCCUCAUCAGCUACUGCCCUAACUUAACUCACUUAGAGAUAAGUAUAUCUCAAGUUGAUAGUUGUAUUUUUGAUGAUCUGGGUUACUGGCCCAAUUUAAAAUUCUUGAGUUUCCGUAAUUCUUUAAUAGUUCAAAACCCUGAAGGACCAAAUGGUAAUUUUGUAUAUCAUUUACCUUUUGAAAAAUUAAAAUAUUUAGAAACAUUAAUAUUAUCAAAUUUCGCUUUAACACAUAGUAGCUUGUACAGCAUGUUACAAUGUGUAAAUUUAGUUAGUAUUAAUAUGGAAAAGAUGAAGAACAUCCCUGCUGAUUUUCUUGAAUCUCUUGUAAGGACUAAGCAAUCAAGUCUGCAAGCACUUCAUAUUUAUGGGGAUACUUUGAAUGAUGAUAUUGUGUUUUUGAUUUCGAACUGCAAACACCUUCAGGUGCUACAUAUAAUGACUUGCAAAACUUUAUUUGACUCGAGCUUGCAACAUUUGUACAAACUCCAAAAUUUACGUUCACUUAAAUUACGGCAUGGUUAUUUCUCUACAAAUGCAUUAUUGGCAUAUUUUUCCAAAAACAAGUUUCAACAUUUAACCUAUUUAAGUCUCUCUAGGUGUGUACAUGUUACAAUGGAUGUGGCUAAAGCUAUCAAAUCUAGUGCAUCAAAUCUGAAAGAACUCUCAUUUUACCUUUGCCCAUUUAUCAUUGCCCCCAAUUUUAGAAGAGGGGAAUUGCAUAAAAUGUUCCACAUUGAAUUGUUGCUUGAUUGAACUGACCUCAAUUGAUUAAGGUUGUCAAUAAAACAAAGCUUAGUAAUCCGUCCACCUUACUAGAUACAAAAAUGUAUGAAUUUAUUUGAAGAACCUACUUUUAUAGUUUGUUCUAUAUAUUUAUAUGAAAUAUGAAUUUAUAGUAUUAUGCAGUAUUUGUGCAGUAAGUUUUUAUAUAUGUAUAAUAUAAUAACUAGGAUGAAUUAAUGAUUGUGUGAUGAUAACAAAUGUUUUUUCUAGCAUAAAUUACAUAUAUGUAACCAGUAUUUAAAAUAUAAAGUAUUAUUAUCACAAGUUGUUUGUAUGCUAAAAAUGACAUACCUCUGUUGUUUAUUAUGAUGCUAAUGUCCCACCUGAACCUGUUAUACUUAAUUUAAACAGUAUUAUGAAGAAUCAAUCAAGUGCUUUAUAAAUCCAAUUUAGUCAUGUUCAACCUGAUAAAUUUAUAUGUUUAAGUAUUUAUAUAUCAGACGGAAAUAUUAAAAUAAUAUUUUUGAUAUAUUUUUACACUGCCCGUGUAUAAUAUUAAUGUAAACCUAUAAAGUAGUUAAUUCAAAGUACCUUUCAUAUUGGUUAUUAUGAUUUGACAAUAAUUCAUUGUUGGCUAGAGCCUACCACAGCAUUAGAUAUUUGAUAAAAAAGAGGUAAAUAUUUUAUUAGAUAGGAAUUAUGAAUUCAUAAUUUUGAUGAUAAUUUUCCUUUUUACUACAAAAAAUUUGUUUAAAAUUGCAAUAAUAUUUUGUGAAUUUAAUCAUUUGAAAAAGUUAUCCAUGCCGAUUUUCGACAUAUCCUCUCCACUUGUUGUUUAAAACUGAAUAAAUGCCUAAGCAUGAUAUAUGGUAGGUGUGUAUGUCCUUGUCAGCUGGCUAUUUUAAAAUAGGUACUUUUGAGUUUUUUCUAGGUUUAAAUAUUUUUAUUAUUAUAAAUUGAUGUAAACUAUUAAAUAAAAAUAUUACUAAAAUGUGUGCAUAAUCUAUGGGUUAUAUAAUGAUAUGACUAGCAUUAUAUGACUCGAUGGGCAUGUCAAUCUGGUACUAUUAUUUCUUUGUUGAGAGCAUAAGCAUCAAUGUUUGAGGGCAGCCAUUAUAGAAAUAUUCUUGUAAUAAAAGAGCCCAAACUGUUAUAUAUUAAAAUAAAAUUCUAUGAUUACACUUAUUAGGCACAUUUCAUUGUCAUAAAAGAGUUAUUUAACAGUCUCGGACCAAGCAUUAUAAGCCAUAUUUUUAUUGGAUAAACACCAUGACUACAUGUAAUGUAUGUUCAUUUUAAAUGAAAUGUCCAUGUAGUAUAACACUAUACAGAUUACUUCUACUUAUGUUAUAAUGUGAUUUGAUAUACAUUUGUGUUGUGAAAUUGGAAAUAUAUUUUCAAAAAGA